AUGUCAUCCGAUUCCGAAGAUCCAUUAAACACUACGGACAACAAAUCAACAUCCAAUUCCAAUAGCGAAUCAUUGAGUGCUACUAUUGGUCAAUCUUCUCAAAUAAUAGAAAGUCUCCGUCCAAUCAAUCCCAACAAUGCUGUUACCAUGAGUUCAUCAACUUCAUCGACAACAGCAUUCAUUGUGCCACGUGCAAAUACUCCUGCUAUCAGCAAUGCCGCACUACAAAAUCUCACCAAACUAUCAAACACAACUCAGAUUUUGUGGAAGGAUGAAUUUUACGGAUUACUUGAUGCUUGUGGACUAGGAUAUUUUCUCAGAAAUACUAUUAUCCAGCCCUCCGACCCAUCUGAAGCCAACCUAUUCUUAAUGCUGCGAGCUCAAGCAAUGAAAGCAGCAAUGGUCAAAUUGGAAGCUUGGCAUGGAGGUUCUUUGGGUAUUGGGACUGCGACUGUAAUCACUGAGAUAGUCACUACGAAGUAUGACCAGUCAGAAGGAUUGAACAAGUAUAUCAAUCUAAUGGAAGGACUUCACAAACAACUAGCGGCCUUAGCAGCUAAAAACGUGAACCUCAAACUUUUGGAUCAACUACUCUCAAUAUUCAUCUUGAUCAACCUUCCAGUCGAAACAUUCAGUAGUAUAAUACAACAACUACUUACAAAUGUGGAUACUCCGACUCCUUCAAUCGUAUUCCAACGUCUGAUACACGAAGAACAGCUAAGGCGGGUCACAUCGGCAACUGUUGUAGGUGGAAGCUCAGUGGCCUUGUCCGCACAAACAUCUACCACCCCAGCAUCGAAUCAAAAUGUGCAAAAGAAUUUCAACAUACUAAUGCUCAAUGUCAAACGCAACACCCUCACCUUAAUCCUCCAAAUGUUCAGACACAAUCCAGACCGAUGA